UGAGUGAAUGGGCGCGGCUACGACCGUCUCGUGAGUCGCUGGUUCGCCAAAGAGAGUUUAUCCUUCAGGAGAUUCCGCCGUUAGGAAACUAUUUCUUACUGCAUACUCCAUUUCCAACGGUCCGCUGUCGGUAAGAAAGCUGUUUGAUCCAGUCUCAAGAUGUUCCACACCUGCGGUCCGAAUGAGGCGAUGGUGGUCUCAGGCUGUGGGCGCUCUCCUCCCGUCAUGAUUUCAGGUGGAAGAGUGUUUGUUCUUCCUUGUAUUCAGCAGAUUCAGAGGAUAUCUCUGAAUACUCUAACUCUGAAUGUGAAGAGUGAUAAAGUCUACACCAGACAUGGGGUCCCCAUCUCUGUGACUGGCAUCGCACAGGUGAAGAUCCAGGGCCAGAAUAAGGAGAUGUUGGCCACAGCCUGUCAGAUGUUCAUGGGCAAAUCAGAAGCUGAGAUCUCUCAGAUCGCCCUGGAGACGCUCGAGGGGCACCAGAGAGCCAUCAUCGCUCACCUGACCGUGGAGGAGAUCUAUCAGGAUCGUAAGAAGUUUUCAGAGCAGGUGUUCAAGGUGGCUUCUUCUGACUUGGUCAACAUGGGCAUUGGAGUGGUCAGCUACACACUGAAGGAUGUUCAUGAUGACCAGGACUACCUCAACUCUCUGGGUAAAGCUCGUACUGCUCAGGUUCAGAGAGACGCUCGCAUCGGGGAGGCUCAGUACAAGAGAGACGCAGUCAUUAGGGAAGCUCAUGCCACGCAGGAGAAAGUAUCUGCACAGUAUGUGAAUGAGAUUGAGAUGGCGAAGGCCCAGAGAGACUAUGAGCUGAAGAAGGCUGCCUAUGACAUAGAGGUCAACACCAAGAAGGCUGAAUCUGAGAUGGCCUAUCAGCUUCAGGUGGCUAAGACAAAGCAACGGAUUGAGGAGGAGAAGAUGCAGGUGAAGGUGGUGGAGCGCACGCAGCAGAUUACACUGCAGGAACAGGAAAUCGCACGCAAAGAGAAAGAACUGGAGGCCAAGGUCAAGAAACCAGCCGAGGCCGAGAGAUACCGGCUGGAGAAACUCGCUGAGGCUGAACGGCUGCAGUUGAUCAUGGAGGCUGAAGCUGAGGCAGAGUCUAUUAGAAUGAAAGGAGAGGCCGAGGCAUUUGCUAUGGAAGCUAAAGGUCGUGCCGAGGCAGAGCAGAUGGCCAAGAAGGCUGAGGCUUUCAAGCAGUACAAGGAGGGAGCCAUGGUGGACAUGCUGCUGGAAAAACUGCCUCUGAUGGCAGAAGAGAUCACCAAGCCCCUCUCUGCGGCCCAGAAAGUCACCAUGGUGUCCAGCGGAGGCUCGGAGGUGGGAGCAGCCAAGCUGACUGGGGAGGUUCUGGAUAUUAUGACCCGCCUGCCUCUAACUGUGGAGAAACUGACUGGAGUCAACAUCUCUCAGGUUUCCUCCACUCGAAUGGGCUGAACGGGACACUGACAGAACUGGAGAGGUGGGGAACAUGCGUACUGAAUGUCGUCUCCCCCGAUCAUAUCUCAUGCAUAUUUAAAUUGCUGUUCUUUUUUUAGAAUCUCAUGGUAAUUGAGGGCUUUUUGGGGGGCUUUUGUAGUCCUCCGGCGUUUUCUGACAUUUUGUACAUUUGUCAGCAGGAAUUUUAUUACAGAGUUUUUCUUUGCAUUCUGUUGUUUAGGUGAUGUCUGUUAGCUGGGUUAGGGGGUCUGUGUUAGGGGGUCUGUGUUACGCAUUUCUGUGGUCUGUGCGUGAGAUUUGAAUUGUUUUAGUUCAUAUACUAAAUUUGUGAACGCGUUCAGUUACUGAUAGUUAUAUUAUAAACGAAGUGCAUUUUAGACUUGAGCCUUACUAACUGUGCCACCACAGCUACUGUUUGUGUACAGUUCUGCCUUUGGCCAUACAGACUUUAAUACUUGUUUAACUUGUUUGUCUAGCUGAAGACUAACGGACGAAACCGAUGUAGCUGAUGUUCUGUAACAAAGCCGUCUGAGGCAGAAACUGAUCAGUAGAUCACUUAGGAAGUGGAACGUCACCUGAACACACUCUGAAUAUAGUGCACUGUGCAUCUCUCUCUUUUUUUUUUUUUUCUUUCCCCGUUUGGAGUCUUCUGUAGGAGCAGUGGUCAAACCCCAGCUGUGGGUUUUCCUGUAUUUACAUUGCUUACGUGUUAAACAGGCAUUCGGAUUUGUGUAGCCUGACGUGAAUGAAUACCCAGUAAGAAAUGUGAUUGAUGGUCUUUGCUGUAUUUAUACAGUCCUCUCUCGCCGUGUGACGCUGCUGCACUGUUAAAACAGCUGUUCUAACUCAGAACGCACCAUGGGUCUUACUUCACGGCCAUGUGCAGAGGUUUGAAGACCCCCAGGGAAAAUUGCGUUUCGUUCAUUUUCUCGGCAGUGACUCUCGGCAGAGAACACGCUUAAAUAUGUCAUUUAUCUGCGAGUGCGCACUUUCUGUUUAUUAGCUGAUAUUGGGGGAGGAAAAAAUGUAAAACACAUAAAAUGUGCCAAACAUUUUAUGACUUAAUCCCCAAAUAUUUUAAGCUAAGCAAAGGAACCGUAUUUGUGUAUUAAAAUGUGCUGAAGUGUGUUUUCACUCAGAAAAUCAGCUAAACGUCAUUUGAGCAGCGCUGAGCAAACUUUGGCAUACGACUGUAUAUCAACACUGUACAAAGGUUUUAGGCAGCCACUAAAAAUCGUUUCAAACUAUUUUUAAAUAUGUUCAAAUAGUUAAAACGUGCUUUCGCUGUUAAACCCCAUUUGUAUAACAUUAGAAUAAAUACAAAUAAACAUAAAUACAGUGAAAUGUAGGUGUUUUUGGUUCCUGACUUCUUGCUGCUCUUCAGAUGCUAUAUAGAAUUGUUCAGUGUCAUCAAUAGCGCCUGAUUUGAUUAAAUGAAUGAUUGAUUAGAGAAACUAGGUGUUGGAUGUUAACUAAAUACAGGACUAACUCCAGGAGAGCUGUGUGGUUACGCUAACACAUCUGUGUAUUAUUAUUGGGUUUUUUUAAGCAAAUAAGUGAUCUCAGUGCCCAGAUAAACAUUUUUUUACAUAUAUUAUAAAAAUAUGUGGAGUUUAUUAUUGUUGUUGAGGUUUUCGCUUCUCAGAAAAUUACAAUUAAAGCUCGUUAUGAGGAUAUUAAUUAUUUAUUUGCUCUGAAAAAGAAAAAACUAACAUUACAAACACACACACACACACACACACACACACACACACACACACACACCUACCUUCUAAGCCACUUCUCUGUCUGGGUCACGGGGGGUGCUGGAGCCCAUCCCAGCCAUCAUUGGGCGAAAGGCCCCAGUAUUACAGUAACUACAAAUAACGUUAGUGCAGUUAGUAGUAAAUUGCCAUGUCAGUGUGUUCGUUUAACCAUUUCCAAACAUCUCAUAGCAGCCGGGUACUGUAAUCAUCCAGCACCUAGUUUGAAUAAUUAAUGCUUUGUUAAAUUAAAUGAGCUGUGCUAGUUCAAACUAGCUCACAAGGUAUCAACUAGUUUUACUGCGUUCAUGUUUAUUUGCAUUUGCACAUUUACUGCAGAGCUAAAUGGUCUGAAAUAUUGUGCUUUGGUGCCUAAGACUUUUGUGCAGUACUGUAUUUAUGUAUAUGUAACAAAACAAAGGGAAUAAUGUUACCUCUUUAACGUAAGCCUGGACCCGUCCAGAAGCCGCCAGCGGGUCCAGGCUUCUUUUGCUCUUUCCUUUAACUUCAGAAUAACUCUGACGACACUGUAGCUGUGAAUAAUAAGCCGCUCUACUGGUCCAUUUAUUAUGAAACAUAUUUAGACAUAUUAUAAAGGGCAGCUGGUGUUUUUUUUAUAUGGCAGCAGCAAAACGUCUAUAAACCACGAUGGCCAAUAACCGACUGGUGGAGUCAAAGCAGAACGACUGAAUGUGAUCUCAGAGGGUGCAACGCUUGAUUGAAGUGAUUGGUAGCGGAGGUAGAAGGAAGUGUGUGAACGAAACUGUUGGUUUCUUCAGCGGAGGAGGGAAGCGGAAGCGCAGAGAAAAGGUGCGGUUUCAUGUUGGCCAUAAAGUUUGUUAAAUCCAGGUCAGUCACUGAUGUGAGCCUCAGCGUGAGGGGGUUGUCCUGAAGAAGGUUGUUUUUAGUAAGCGUGAAGGGAAAGAGGUGCGAGCGCUGCGUGUUUGAUCAUCUGUUGCACUUUGUGCUACUGUAAUCGGCCACCUGCUCAUUAGAGCUGCACCGUGCAUCAUUUUGUUAGCUGGUGUCUUAGUAUUAAACUCUUUUAGGAUAUCGGCAAUAAUGAGAUCACAGACGGCUGGAAAAUGCAAUGUUCUUACUGUGCUGUGAGCAUCCUGACCAACAAUUUUUUGGUCAGUAUGACGCUUUAACUAGGUCACAUCAAGGGUUCGCUGAUGUGUGCUUAAGAUAAGUGUAAGUUAUUACAGGUGCAAAUGACCAGACACAAUAUCACAAGACACAGUGUGAUGAACUAUUGACUCCAAAGUACUCCUUCAGAAACAAAGUUCAUCACUGCUGUCGGAACAAAACUUUGCACCUCCAAAUUGGUAACUUUGCAAAAAACAAUGCAAGUCCAUUUCCAGGUCAUUUUGGGCUGUUUCUUUUGGUCCAUUGUGAAAUUUACACACAACCUAAAGGGCAACAGGCAUUUUCACAUUGUGAAAAACUGAAAAACGACCAAAAGGACAAACCAGACAAGGUUUUGUUCUGAAAGCAGUGAUACACAGCACGUCCCAAAAAAACAGACCUCAUUUGGGAUGUGAAUUUCUGAGUGAGUACAUGUUCGAGGCGCACCGCCUGGGACACCCCACGCCACCCCACGCCACGCCAAGUCGGUAGUCCAGCUCCUGCCAAACGCGCUGUAGCAUGUCUUGCGUAACAGACUCCAGUUAGUGCUUUUUUUUAUUGAAUUUUCUGGAAAAUUCACUGCGCGCUCUUGUUUGACUGUGUUCGAGAAUAUUCCAACACACAAAAUACCUUUUCAUUCCUAGAGAACGUCUUUCUUCAACCUGAAAACAGAACAUUGGUUAGUUUUCACACAUUUUGUUAAAAUUUGAGAUAAUUGGAGAAUUGAGAAAGAUGUCAGUUUUUUGGGACACCCUGUACUUUGUUCAGCUCUUCUUUGACAAGUCAGCAUGUGAUUCCUGCAUUUACAUACUGUAGCAGAUGCUUCUCUUCAUGAAAUGGAUUCAAAACGACUUUAAUUUAACCAACGUUUUGAUCCAGAGCGAUUUACAGUAGUGGGUGAAUGCAAUGUUAUUGGGCCGCCUGCGCACCAGGUACAAAUGGUGCCACCUGGUGGAAUAAGCAGAAAAGGCAUUUUGGUGAUCCAGUUAGUCUAACAAUAGUCUUAUGAUAUGUUAUUCAAAAAUUCUGGGCCUGCAUGUUCUGAUAACUUUAUACCCAAAAGAUUAUAUAAUAAUACUGUAUUGUAUGUUGUCCAUGUUGUGCAGCUGUGCUAAUGAUAUUAUUAUUAAUACCUCAUGCAUGCCUAGUUUAUGCCUUCACUUAUCACCAAGUGCCUGAAACCCAAUUUAUCCAAUGAUGCAUGCUGAUUUCAACUGACAUCUCCAGCUCUAAUGCUGUUUUGUACCUCAGCUGCAGAGAAACGAACGUCUCUGCAGUCCCAGCCGUCGCUCACAUAGUAGCGUUUGGAUCAGCAAAAACUUUUCAUGUCUUUUAUUUGUUUUUUUCCCCCCUACAAAUCGGACUGAAUGCUUGCCAUGUUCAUACAGAUGUGGGGCAAUCUUUAGGCGAAUGACAUGAUUGUAGAAAUGUGCAUUAUUUAAAAAUGAAUACAUAAAAUAAACCAAUUCCUCAGUUC